CUUCAAGUGGGGCAAUCCAUGCUGGAGUUUACCAGCAAACAGACUAUGGACUUGUGGCUCAGUUAUGGGGCAGACACAGCAAAAAGAAUGCAAGGAGGAGUUUGAUGUCAAAGCCCUUCAGGAUAUGUACAGAAAGUUUGUUGUGGAGUGUCCAAGUGGAGUACUUUUUCUGCACGAAUUUAAGCGUUUUUUUGGUGUGGACCCAACAGGAGAAGCAUCUGACUAUGCUGAGAGCAUGUUCCGGGCUUUUGACAAAAAUGGGGACAAUACAAUCGAUUUCCUAGAGUUUGUUGCAGCAUUGAAUCUAGUUUUCCGAGGAGACAUGGAGCAUAAGCUGCGCUGGUCGUUCAAGGUGUAUGACAAAGACGGAAAUGGUUUUGUGGACAGGAGUGAGCUGCGGUCAAUUAUUGAUAGCAUUUAUCGGAUAAAGAAAUGUUCGAAAUCUGAUCUGAGUGAUACACAACUAUCAGUCGAUGCUGCUGUGGAUCGAAUCCUAGCUGCUGUUGACACUGAUAAAGAUGGUUGUGUCAGCAUGGAUGAGUUCAUAAAAGGUGCACAGGCAGACCCUUGGGUGCUAAAAAUGUUAAGCCUUGACAUGAACCCUGCAGGAUGGGUGCUGGAGAACAGAAGAAAGAGUGCAUAUUUCUGAAGACACCAAGCAAUUCAGCUUGUUUUAAGUCCAGAAGAACAAUAACGAAAACCUGAAAACUGUUCAGAGAUAUAUCUUGAGCAUAUAAAUCCUGUUUUUGUACAACUUUUUAUUAUAAAAAACUACAAAUAUGUUUGUCUCUAGCAUUUAUUUACAUAAUGAAUAUACAAUUAUUUUAAAUGUCCUUUCUGCGUCCAAUGCUUUAGUUCUUUUCUGACUGUACUUAUAUUUGUGUGUUUAGCAGACUUCUUUUUCCUUUUGGCUUGAAAUAUAAUGCAACAGCCUUUUUUAUUAUGAAGUGUCAAUGUAUAAAAUAAGAAGUUUUAUAAUGCC